AUGGCCCAGCCACUGGAGCUCUCGCUCAUCAGUGAGACCGAGUUCGAGUCCAGGGCGCCGAGCGGUCUCCCAGCGGGCUGCCCCACGCUCGACCUCGCCGCGACGUGGGACAGCAGUGGGAGGAAUCUGCUCAUUUACAGGCCGCCUGGUCAGGUCGUAUCCAGGAUUCAUCAGGUCGGACUGCCCGGCAAGAAGGUCCCUGAAGCCGUGGCGGUGACAUGGAAACCAGAUGGGCAAUUUCUGGCUGUGGGCUGGACGGAUGGCGUCGUGCGGUUGAUGGGACUGGAGAACAACAAGGUCGCCCAUCACAUCCCCGUCUGCGCCGAGGCUGGUCCGACCAUCACCCAUAUCGGUUGGACGAAUAGUGUCAGCUCCAACAGUGAUGCCUCGAAAUUGGCUUCCAGCCGACUCACGGAUGAGCUCGGCAAGGACUGGAGCGAAAACGGGCCUGACCUCCCUGUCGACCUGCCUAAAGAGCUCACAUUCUUAGAGGUCGAGACGGCGCUGCCCAAAAUCAGCCCUUUGCCCUCUGGCAGCGCAGGUGCAGACGACGACGCUACGGUGUUCACCUUGCGAACGGGCAUCGAGUUCUUGUUUCAAGCGCCCAAAAAGGAGGAAUAUGACCGGGUCAACGUCUUGGUUGUCGGCACCAGCGAGGGCAAACUCCAGCUGAGCAUACAUGACUCCUUCUGCAUUGGAGGCUUCCAAUGUCCAUCGCCGAACCCGUCCUACACGAGCAUCAUGAUUGAUCAUGCGUCGCAUCCCGAAGUAUCAACUCAGGCUCUUAUCCUCGCCCCGGCAGCUUCUGACCCUGACGAGCUGCAUCUCGUGCCCAUGGACCUACCAUUCAUAUCCUCGUCUCCCAUCAACUUAUACCUGUUGACGUCAAAGUUGACCAUGCUGCAGACUCUUCUGAGGUAUCUCAAACAGACGCAGCUGCACAUGUUGGUUGAAUGGAAAAAUGCCAAAGAAUUGCCAAGCCGUUUUCUGCGAAGUGUACAGGGCGACUUGGAGGAGAUGCAAGCCGGCCCCAAGAACAUUGUUCCGGCACUAUAUCACACAGUGGUGACUGGCCAUGUCUACAAGCCUGUCCGAGAGUGGUUGGUGGACAGCCUCGCGGAACGUGGGCACAAGCGCUGGGACAAAGCUGUCGUGUCCGGGCUCGAGAACCUUCGCGGCCUGGUCCACGAAAAUCUUAUUCCAGCCUUGGAGCGCUGUGCCAUCAUACUCAGCAGAUUGCGCGGUCUCGCCCUCUUUCACAAGAAUCGCGACGAUAUUGGGUUUUCUGCCACUCAGAUUAGCAGAAUUCUCGAUAUCGUCGGCUGCCUGACACUCGUGGGCCACAAAAUCCUGAACCACGUCAUGGAUGAGCUCGAGCACUUUACUGCGUUUUCCACCUGGCUUCGCUUCCAGAUCGACCGCCUGGCCAGCUCAAGCAGCGAUGAACUUACCGAGAAGGAAGCCACCAUGGACACAUGCAAAGUGCUCACAUACAUCGAGACAUACCUCACUGGUAGCCCACUUGACAUCUUCUUCGACGACAUCACCAGGGAGGACUACGCCGCCGACUGGGAACAUUGCGAGGACGGACUUAGCCUCCUAGACAUGCUCGACAAGCAGCUCACUAAGCACGAGGACGGCCUGCCGAGCAUGCGCGCACUCCCGCACGUGAGUUUCCUGGUCAACUACAUGACAAACUGGUCAAACCGGAUAUUCGGAGACGUCGCAGAAGCCGGAAAGCGCAGCGUGCACUUUGGGAAGCCCGUUCCCCUCUCCCUCGGACGGCCCGUGGGCAAGAUGGACUUUCGAAUGCGUCGUACGGGCGAGGGGGGAGUGACCUAUGCGGCCCUGGCGACCAAGGAACCAAAUGGAAAAGUCUACGUCUUCCGUGUCGAGUUGGAGAUCAUCAACGGCAUCAGCACCAAUGGCCCAACCACGGCUUGCGCCAUCGACCUGGCGGACCGAAAACUCAUUGAUCUGAAAUUCCUCAACGACGAGACCCUCAUAAUCGCGUGUAGCGAACCAGACAACAACACCCCAAUCGUCGCUUCUGUGCCCAUUCAGUCGGGCUCGCUGCCUUACAGUGACUUCGGCGCUGGCGGCACGGCUGACAUACCCGCUGUCCCGUGGGCAGACUUCCAGCUAUACCGCUUGCCGGAGGAGCAUCACAUGAAGCCGGUACGAAUGGAAGUGCACGACAAGAGCGACCUGAGAGGCGAGGUUCCCGCGAGGAUAUGUUUCUUGGGAAGCAACCGCACGACAUGGCGCACCUUUUCAAUGUCGCCGACAUAG